CUGUUGAACGCAACAAACGAGAAGUUACGGAAGUCUCGCGAGACCAUUAGGGGUUGAGCUGCAUUUUGUCAGCUGUAUUGGGUCGUUUUCUUUCUAAAUUUGCUCCCGUGUCCGAUUUUAACUGCGGUACAUGACGUCAUAAUUUAACUGGAACUUGUCAAAUCUCCGGUGGUGAGGAAGGACCUGGAACAUGGAGGCUGGUGAAGGCGGCAGCGCCACCACUCCCUCAGAGGAGAUCAAUGGAGCCUCAACUUUGAUGGACUUCCUGGACGAACCUUUCCCUGACGUCAGCACGUACGAGGACUUCCACACCAUUGACUGGCUGCGGGAGAAGUCCAGAGACACCGACCGUCACCGGAAGAUCACCAGCAAGAGUAAGGAGUCCAUCUGGGAGCUGAUAAAGAGCCUGCUGGACGCCUGGUCAGGAUGGGUGGUGAUGCUGCUCAUCGGCCUCCUCUCAGGAACGCUGGCCGGCGUCAUCGACUUGGCGGUGGACUGGAUGACCGACCUGAAGGAGGGCGUCUGCCUUUCUGCGUUCUGGUACAGCCACGAGCAGUGCUGCUGGACGUCCAACGAGACCACCUUCGACGACCGCGACAAGUGUCCGCAAUGGCAGAAGUGGGCGGAGCUUAUGACCGGCCAUUCUGAGGGAGCCGGGGCGUACUUGUUGAACUACUUCCUGUACAUCCUGUGGGCGCUGCUGUUCUCCUUCCUGGCCGUGUCGCUAGUUCGAGUGUUUGCGCCGUACGCCUGCGGCUCGGGGAUCCCAGAGAUUAAAACGAUUCUCAGCGGCUUCAUCAUUCGGGGCUACCUGGGAAAAUGGACCCUGCUGAUCAAAACCGUCACCCUGGUUCUGGCGGUCUCGUCGGGCCUCAGCCUGGGGAAGGAGGGCCCCCUGGUCCACGUGGCCUGUUGCUGCGGAAACCUCUUCUGCAGCCUCUUCUCCAAGUACAGCAAGAACGAGGGCAAACGCAGAGAGGUGUUGUCGGCGGCGGCGGCCGCUGGAGUUUCGGUGGCUUUUGGGGCGCCCAUCGGAGGAGUUUUGUUCAGCUUGGAGGAAGUCAGCUAUUAUUUCCCUCUAAAGACGCUGUGGCGCUCAUUCUUUGCCGCCCUGGUCGCCGCCUUCACGCUCCGCUCUAUCAACCCGUUUGGAAACAGCCGCCUGGUCCUGUUCUACGUGGAGUACCACACUCCCUGGUACAUGGCGGAGUUGGUUCCUUUCAUCCUUCUGGGCGUCUUCGGCGGCCUCUGGGGAACCCUCUUCAUCCGCGCCAACAUCGCUUGGUGCCGGCGGCGGAAGACCACCCAGCUGGGGAAGUAUCCCGUGCUGGAGGUGAUCGCCGUGACCGGGAUCACCGCCGUGCUGGCGUACCCCAACCCGUACACGCGCCGCAGCACCAGCGAGCUCAUCUCGGAGCUGUUCAACGACUGCGGGGCGCUGGAGUCCUCGCAGCUCUGCGACUACGUCAACAACCCCAACAUGAGCCGGCCGGUGGACGACAUCCCCGACCGGCCCGCCGGGCCCGGCGUCUACAACGCCCUGUGGCAGCUGGCGCUCGCCCUCAUCUUCAAGAUCGUCAUCACCAUCUUCACCUUCGGCAUGAAGAUCCCGUCGGGUCUCUUCAUCCCCAGCAUGGCGGUGGGAGCCAUCGCUGGGCGGAUCGUGGGGAUCGCUGUAGAGCAGAUGGCGUACCACCACCACGACUGGAUCAUCUUCAAGAACUGGUGCCGCCCCGGCGCCGACUGCGUCACGCCGGGCCUGUACGCCAUGGUGGGAGCCGCUGCCUGCCUGGGCGGCGUGACCAGAAUGACCGUCUCCCUCGUCGUCAUCAUGUUCGAGCUCACCGGCGGCCUGGAGUACAUCGUCCCUCUCAUGGCCGCCGCCGUCACCAGCAAAUGGGUGGCCGACGCCUUCGGCAAAGAGGGCAUCUACGAGUCGCACAUCCAGCUCAACGGGUACCCCUACCUGGACGUGCGGGACGAGUUCACGCACCGCACGCUGGCCACCGACGUGAUGCGGCCCCGCCGCAACGACCCGCCUCUGGCCGUCCUGACGCAGGACAGCACGACGGUGGAAGACGUGGAGACGCUCAUCAAAGACACGGACUACAACGGCUUCCCGGUGGUGGUGUCCAGAGAGUCGGAGAGACUUAUAGGCUUUGUUCAGCGGCGGGAUCUGAUCCUCGCCAUCAAAAAUGCACGCCAAAAGCAGGACGGCGUGGUGAGCAGCUCAGUGGUUUAUUUCACGGAGGACGCGCCGCAGCUGCCGGCCAGCAACCCGCAGCCACUGAAGCUGCGCCGCAUCCUCAACCUCAGCCCCUUCACCGUCACAGACCACACCCCCAUGGAGACGGUGGUGGACAUCUUCCGCAAGCUGGGCCUCCGCCAGUGCCUGGUCACCAGAAGCGGGCGACUGCUGGGCAUCAUCACCAAGAAGGACGUCCUGCGACACAUGGCUCAGAUGAUGAACCAGGAUCCAGAGUCCAUCAUGUUCAACUAAGCUGAGACCAGCUGUGUACAUAAGCCACUUAAGCAUCCCGCCGCCCCGUCCUCUGACAGGCAAGACCCCCCUCCCACCUCCAUGCCGACCACAAAAAUAAAAGAUCCCUAUUUAUUACAGCUGCAUUGAUUACAAAAUAAGAGGAGGUUGUUCAGGUUGUACUGACCUUUGGGGGUCAUGGGGUCCCUGCUGGGGUCGGCAGGAUUCAGAUUAUCAUCUGUGAUGGGCAAGUGGGGGCAAUUGUGCCGCAAGGUCAUAACUUCAUUUAAAAAAAAAAAGUGUUUUUGUGUUUGUAACAGCUUACACAUAUCGGAAACAAACAGUUACCAUCUUUGACCCUUCACAAUAAAAGCGGUAAAGCUCAAUGGUACUCAUAAUAAAUGAGAAAUAAUGUGGGGAAAUGUGUGGCAUUACAAAAUAAGAGCGUAGACCAAUGGGACACUAAAUAUGUUUUAAUAAGCUUCUAGUUAAAUAUUUGAUUUAAUUAGUAUUGUUUUUGGGGGCUUUUAUUUGCAUUUAUUGAGGUUUCCAGUUUGCAAGACUGAGCUUAUUUUAUUUAUUUCAAUUCCUGUUGCACUUUGGGUUGUUUCUGUUACGCUGCCAUAUUGCUGUGAAGGCUGUGCUCAAACUCUCCUAGGGAGUGUUUUUGCUGCGUCAUCUCGAUGGCCACAUCCAUAUUUGUUCCAACCUAAAACCUGUUUUUCUCUGAAGGAAACUCCAAUAGUACUUCUGACUCCACCUGCUCCUCCGUCCUGCUCCUGUUUCUGUACCGUAGGUUCUGUUCUGUGUGGUUGGUUUUAUUGUGAAGCUCAAACAAGGCAGGAAGCUGUUUUGUUUUUAAUUGCCAACAGAAUGUACUGAGAGGUUUUAUUGUAUUAUGUAAAUACUGCAAAUUACUUGUGAUUUUUUUUGUAUUUAAUUUAGUUUGAAACACUACCACUGGACUUUUUUUUUAAUGGAAGCAUUGUUCACCCUGACCUCCUUUGCACUUUUAUUUUGGGAUUUCCAAAAGAUGAUGAAAUAAAUCCUUGAAGAUUAA